ACGCCGGCACUUGCAUAAAAAUAUAACUUUGACAUCUUUCCAUCUUUCAUCAGCAAUCCAACCGCGUCCUCUGUGAUUGUGCAUCUCAAUUCCCCGUUAAUCCUACGCAAUGCGCUGUCUUAGUAUCGCAGUCGCCUUUCUGGCGUUGUUUACAGGGCUCUACAGGUUCUUCGACGCCCGCCUGGAGCAGUUCUACAUCUUCGACCACCACCAUCUGCACGACCUGUCCCAGCGCGCAAUCGCUGCCCAUGGAAACGACACUCGCGCCAUUGUCCAGUACAUCGUUUCUGAGUUAGACGAGAAGGUCGGCUCCACGCACCUGAACAAGGACGAGGAAUGGGUUUUCAACAACGCCGGAGGCGCAAUGGGCGCUAUGUACAUUAUCCACGCUAGUAUCACUGAGUAUCUUAUCAUCUUCGGCACCGCCAUUGGAACUGAAGGACACACUGGCCGCCACACCGCAGAUGACUACUUCAACAUCCUCCAGGGCACUCAGCUCGCCUACGUCCCCGGUUCGUACGAGCCCGAAGUCUACCCGGCCGGUUCCGUCCACCACCUCCGCCGCGGCGAGGUUAAGCAGUACAAGAUGGACUCGUCUUGCUUUGCGCUCGAGUACGCCCGCGGCUGGAUUCCUCCCAUGCUUUUCUUCGGCUAUGCCGAUACCUUCUCGAGCACUCUUGACUUCCCGACUCUGUGGGCUACCUCGCGCAUUACCGGCCGGGAGAUGAUCUCCAACCUGCUCAAGGGAAAGAUGUAAGGGUGAUCUCAUGGGUAAAUACAGGCAUUAUGAUUCAUAGAAACCGUAUCAUGUAUCUACAACUUUUAAUACUUUUAAAUAGAAUUUGGGAAUCUGUCUAG